UGCUGAUUAUAUUCGAAUGCUUUCUGAGACCAAAAAAGAAGCCGAGGAGGAGAAACGUGUAAUGCAAGAAGAAUUAGCAGAUAUGAAACAAAAGUAUGAAGAUAUGCACAAUGAAAUGAUGACAAUGAAAGCAUUAGUAGAAUCAAUAGGUAAAAAGCCUCAAAUAUUAGGAGAAGGAAUAUCAUGCAUUCCACAAGGCCACAAGCUAAGUGGCACCGCUCUUCCUCAUGAUGGAUCACCUCCUAAUAAUGGGGCAAGCUCUUCUCACUCUAGUUAUGAAGCACCACCAACUCAGGUACAUCGAGUUAAGACUAUCCUCCCAAGGAAAGUACAAGUUGUAUCAAAUAUUGUGGUUAUCUUCUAUCUCUUUUCUUCUAUCUCUUAUUCUUUCUAAGCUUUCAUGAUAAUUAUUUUCUAUGCAAUAUAUAUAUUUUCAAAUUGUUACAUUUGUUUAUUCUU